UAGUUGUUGCAGCAUGUCCGGUGGGAUUUUAUACGCGCCUAGUAUAAGAUAAGAUUUAAACAUUUGGGACGGAAUUUAUGUUUAUUUUAAUGCGAUAGUUUCAUUUAUUUAACACUCAACCGCUUCUGUUGGUGCUUGGAUCUUCAACAUACCUACAGCAGCAAUGUUCUGCAGAAACCACACUUCCAGAGCAACUGUGGCCCGCGGAUCCGCGAUGGAGAUGGAGGUAAAGAGAGGCCGAUUCCGCCUGAGCGUGCUGGAGGAUUCCGCAGAAGACUGUGAGGUUCAGAGACAGAUCGAGAUGGAGGUGAGGAUCAGAGAAGGGGCCUGUAAGCUUUUAGCUGCAUGUUCUCAGAGAGAUCAGGCUCUGGAAGCUUCCAAGACUCUCCUUACAUCCAACAGCCGCAUACUGGCCCUCAUGACCCAGCUGCAGCGCAUGAAGGAAGCCCAGGCCAUGCAGAGAGCAGAACGGAGGUCAUCUGAUGGUGGGUCUGUUGAUGAGCGAUUACCUUGUACUGGAAAAAUAGCCAUUUCAGAUAUUCGCAUUCCUCUCAUGUGGAAAGACUCCGAGUAUUUCAAAAACAAAGGAGAGCUGCACCAGUGUGCCGUGUUCUGUUUGCUGCAGGUGGGGACAGAGAUUCAUGAUACGGAUCUCGUAAUAGUGGACAGGACGCUCACAGACAUCUGUUUCGUUGAACCAGUAAUAUUCACUGAUGUACCUCCAGGCUUUGACCUGCGGGUGGAGCUCUACAGCUGCUGUGUCGAGGAGGAAUUCAACACUGGUUUCUCCACUCGGAGGCUGAGCCGGCUGGGAAGUGCCUCCAGUAAGAAGUUCAUGGCAUCUUUAGAGACAGCAGCUUCCUGCAGUUCCCAAAGCAGUGGAACCAGAUCGGGAGAGAGUUCACCCAGAGGAGAAUCACCAGUUCUGCUGCCUGUACUGUCAGAACGGGGCCCUAAAUAUCACCUCCUGGCCCACACAUCUCUGACCAUUUGCCACGUACAGAACUCUUUCCGAACCCAUGACCUGACAAUAUCAGACACAGAGGAGUCUUCGUUCUGGUUGCCGCUCUAUGGUAACAUGUGCUGUCGGCUCGUAGCCCAGCCUCUCUGUAUGACUCAAGUUGUUAUGUGUGGAAAACUCAGAAUUCGGUCAGAGACCAAUCCUGAAGACUGGAGAGAUGUCUACAGUGUCCUGAGUGGGUCAGAUUUAAAAUGUUACCAGCAGCAAGACGAUGCAGACUCUUUAGAGACACCGCUGUUCACUAUUCCCAUUAAUAAGGAGACCCGUGUGUGUGCCAGAGAGAGAGAUCCGGCUCUACAUACUCGCAGUAUCACCAUAAUAAACCAGUGUGGUGAUGAGACCACACACACGAUUCUCACGCACACAUCUGAAGACACGCAUAACUGGAUGGAAGCUUUCUGGCAGCAUUUCUAUGACAUGAGCCAGUGGAAACAGUGCUGUAAGGAGCUCAUGAAGAUUGAGGAACCAUCUCCAAAAAAAAUGAUCGUGGUGACAAAACAAGGUUCCCUGUAUCAUGAAAUGGUUACACCACCUUCCACCCAGACCAGAAACCAUCUGCUAUCUCCGAACAGACCUGUUUCUUCUGAGAUCCAAAGCCUGCUGUACACCUAUUACGAUAACAGUUACUGAAGAAUCAAGGAAACUAAAGCAAGAAAAAAACAGUUUGUGCCCAGCUCUACACACCCCAGAGUAUUACAGCACACAUAAAUCCUUGCAAGCUUUAGUGUGCAACACUUUUUUGAGAAAACCAAAUUUG